CCCGCAGGCGCUGACAGCCCCGCCGGCCGGCUCGCGCGCUGCCCGCCGGCUGUCAAUGGAGCUGGAAAACAUCGUGGCCAACACGGUCUUGCUGAAAGCCAGGGAAGGGGGUGGAGGGAAGCGCAAAGGGAAGAGCAAGAAGUGGAAGGAGAUCCUGAAGUUCCCUCACAUCAGCCAGUGCGAAGAUCUGCGGAAGACCGUGGACAGAGACUACUGCAGUUUAUGUGACAAGCAGCCAAUCGGGAGGCUGCUUUUCCGGCAGUUCUGUGAGACCAGGCCCGGGCUGGAGGGUUACAUCCAGUUCCUGGACGAGGUGGCAGAAUAUGAAGUUACCCCGGAUGAAAAGCUGGGAGAGAAAGGGAAGGAGAUUAUGACCAAGUACCUCACCCCCAAGUCCCCAGUCUUCAUCGCCCAAGUUGGCCGAGACCUGGUCUCCCAGACAGAAGAGCAGCUGCUGCAGAGGCCUUGCAAAGAGCUCUUCUCAGCCUGUGCACGGUCUGUUCACGACUACCUGAGCGGAGAGCCGUUCCACGAGUACCUGGACAGCAUGUACUUCGACCGCUUCCUGCAGUGGAAGUGGCUGGAAAGGCAACCUGUGACCAAAAAUACUUUCAGGCAGUACCGAGUACUUGGAAAAGGGGGCUUCGGGGAGGUCUGUGCCUGCCAGGUCCGGGCCACGGGUAAAAUGUAUGCCUGCAAGCGCUUGGAGAAGAAGAGGAUCAAGAAGAGGAAAGGGGAGUCCAUGGCGCUCAACGAGAAGCAGAUCCUGGAGAAGGUCAACAGCCAAUUCGUGGUCAACCUGGCCUAUGCCUACGAGACCAAGGACGCACUCUGCUUGGUCCUGACCAUCAUGAACGGGGGGGACCUCAAGUUCCACAUCUACAACAUGGGGAACCCCGGCUUCGAGGAGGAGCGGGCCUUGUUUUAUGCAGCGGAGAUCCUCUGCGGCUUGGAAGACCUGCACCGCGAGAACACCGUGUACAGAGAUCUCAAGCCUGAAAACAUCCUGCUGGACGAUUACGGCCACAUCAGGAUCUCAGACCUGGGGCUGGCCGUGAAGAUCCCCGAGGGAGACCUGAUCCGCGGCCGAGUGGGCACCGUCGGCUACAUGGCUCCAGAGGUCCUGAACAACCAGAGGUACGGCCUGAGCCCUGACUACUGGGGCCUGGGCUGCCUCAUCUACGAGAUGAUCGAGGGCCAGUCGCCGUUCCGCGGCCGCAAGGAGAAGGUGAAGCGGGAGGAAGUGGACCGCCGGGUCCUGGACGCCGAGGAGGCCUACUCCCACAAGUUCUCCGAGGAAGCCAAGUCCAUCUGCAAGAUGCUGCUGACCAAAGAUGCGAAGCAGAGGCUGGGCUGCCAGGAGGGGGGCGCCGCCGAGGUCAAGAAGCACCCCUUCUUCAGGAACAUGAACUUCAAGCGCUUAGAAGCCGGGAUGUUGGACCCUCCCUUUGUUCCAGAUCCCCGGGCCGUGUACUGCAAGGACGUGCUGGACAUCGAGCAGUUCUCCACCGUGAAGGGCGUCAACCUGGACCACACAGACGACGACUUCUACUCCAAGUUCUCCACAGGCUCCGUGUCCAUCCCGUGGCAAAACGAGAUGAUCGAGACUGAGUGCUUUAAGGAGCUGAAUGUGUUCGGACCCAACGGUACCCCCUCGCCGGACCUGAACCGAAGCCACGCCCCGGAGCCGCCCAAGAAGGGGCUGCUGCACAGGAUCUUCAGGCGGCAGCACCAGAACAAUGCCAAGAGUUCGUCCAACACCAAGAGCAAUUUCAACCACCACAUAAAUUCAAACCACGUCAGCUCGAACUCCACUGGAAGCAGCUAGUGUGCACUCUGGCCUGCGGCGCGCAGCGGCGCCGGCCCUGGCCCUCGGGAGCAGGACUUGCGUCCGGGGGCGCUGCCGCCCGCCGCCCGCCGCCCCCACGACGCACAGCCUCGAGGUUUCUCAAAGAAACCCCCACUCAGGUCUGUUUCUCGAGGCAGCCCCGCGCCUUGCCGAACAUUGCAAUAGAGGUCCCGUCGGACACGACACCUUGCACGCGUUUUAACAGUAUCCCAGCUAGAACUGAAUUUUGUCUCUAUUAUUUUUAAAGACAAGUUUUGUAAAUUUCUCUAUCGUCUCAGUUUACAUUUUGUAUAUUUGUAUUUAAAUGAAAGUCAGACUUUGAGGGUGUAUAUUUUCUGUACAGCCGCAUUAAGCCAUGUGUUUAAGACGUUAGGGGGGCGGGGGCGGGGGAUUUACCAAAAAAGAAAAAAAAAACUGGCUCAAGACUUCCGGAGCCUCAACGUUUUUAUUAAAUGUAGAAAAUGAUUCACUUCCACUUUCAAAGGAUUGGUUGCAUCUGCCUAUGUCCAUCUCCCCGGUCCCAUCGCCGCACUGUCACGGGUGUCGUCGUCACCACCGCUGGCUUGUAAGAAUCUGAACCACGCACACUUGGGGACAGCGACCCUCCUGCAGGCCACAGCCAGCGGAUUGUCCUUGGGGACCCGAGUGGUUGCUGGGGGCGUGCCCAUCUCCUGGGGGGUGCACGCCGCCGUGGUCGCCUCGGCCUCUGCCACCUGUGUCUUCUGGGAGGCAGCUGGUACCCAGAGGAGCUGCUUCGGCUCUGCCUCCGCACGGUCCCGGCUGCUGGACUUUAUUUUUAAGAUUGGCAUAGAGGUGAUAAGGUGUGGUCAUGGAACUCCUAGCAUCCGAGCCCCAUGGAGGCGCCAGGGGGUGGAGGCGUGGGUCAUGCUGAACGCGUGCCCACCUUUGCAUCUGCAGGGGAGGACCCCAGUAUGUGUCCCGGGAGUCCUAAGGCCUUUCCAAGGCCCCCCAGUUUUGCUGCUUGGGUUGUGUCUCAGGCAAAUGAGAUGCCCCGGGCGAGGCUGGGCCCCCAGAGAUGCUCAGACACUCCCCGUCUUUUGCCCAGGAGGCGGAAUCUCACAUCUCAGAUCUCCAGGUUUCAGGCACGAGGAGCCCCUGCAGGGCUCGGCAGCUUUGCCAGACCAGAGGCCCCUAAAGGCCGCCUCUGGCCCCUUGCUGCACAGCUACCCAGCCCCAGCGGCUGGCCAAUCCCUGCUGCUCCCAAGAGGUGACAAGGAGCAAACCUGUCCUCCCUCCCCUCCUGGGCAGGGUGAGUGGCUGCCCUCCCCCCACCCCGGCCUGGCUAAGCCCCUGGCAUCCGAUUCUGCCCCAGAACGAGCCUCGGCUACCCAGCAGCUGCCAGGUUUCUCGCCGUGUGGGGCCUGCGUUGUUAAAAUGCAGAUUCCCAGGCUUUGCUGAAUGGGAACCUCUUUGAGUGAGGCCCAGGGAUCUGCAUCUUCCAAUAUCCCUGCCCUGUGAGAACCGCUGCCGCCUGUGACCGCCCCAAAUGUGCUUCUCCAUGACCCAGCAGCUGGGGCGCCUGAGCUUCUAGGGAGGGGUUGGAGGCACAGGCACAGGCCCCUGGGACAAGCUGCCCACAAGGGGCCUGACCUUGGCCACUGGGUGUGUGUGUGUGUGUGUGUGCACGAAGUCAUUCUCACAAACAGGCGAGAAGAAAUGGCCAGACUCCCCCGGGCCCCUCCAUGUGUGAUGUCAUUUUAGGGCCAGCGCUCUCACCAGGCUGCUGAAAACAAAGCAAACCUACGCUCAGGUUUCGCUGAGGCGGUGGGAGGUCUUGGGACAGUAUUUUAAGACCCUCCAAGAGUAACCACCAGUCCAGGCCACACCCCCUCAAAACCACACCCCCUCCACCUCUCGCCAGGAGCUCCGCCCCUUUUGCCCAGUUCAUGGCAACUCAGUGCUCCCUGGGGAACCCAGGGUCGCGGCUCAGUCUCUGCAGUCUCUGUGCCUCCGAGCAGGGCGCUGUCCUUGGCUGGCGAGAAUCCCGCUCACCAAGGAGGAAGACGCAGCCGGCUGCCGUGUUUCUGCGCCUGCGAGAUCCUGUGUCUGUGACGUCCCAUGGCACAGGCCUCGGCCAGACUCUCAGGGCCACUUGAGCUCCUUCAUGGUCCCCACCUGUCCACGCAUGCCCGUGGGACAUGGGGCCUGGGCAACCCUCCCCUUCCUUCCAGCCUGUACCAGGCUUUGUAACAAAAAGGAAGUCACUAGAACAGCAUGGGACAGGUCACCCCUUUCCCACUGAGACCCUGGUGCCCGGUCCUGUCCCCUCACGCUUCCCAACCUUGGUUUCUAUAGCUGCAUUUUUAGAAGACUUUUUAAAACUAGAAACCGUCCCUUCCAUCACCCUCCAGCCCAGGACAAGGCUGACCGGGACAGUGAGCGGACCCAACUCUCUUAGGUGCACCUGAGCUCUUUGCAGAGGGGCCGUCCCUGUGCCCGGAGUGAUACUGCCUUCCCUGGGCAUUUGCCUUAGGGAUGGGACCGGGUCUCCUGCAAGUGUCUCUGCUUCCGCUGCUUGGUGGCCAAGUAGUCGUGGGUGGUCUUGGCCUUGAUCACCAUGGCCUACAAGGGUUUGGGAGCCCACCGAGGCUCCCAGAAUGUGAAGAAGACCCAACCCCCACGUCAGCUUAUUCUCGAAUCUUCCUUGGCCAGGAAUAUCACACUUUAGACUGCUGAGGCCAGGGGCCACUCGCUGCACAGCAGCUGAACAAGUUUCCCUAAAGCGUUGCCCGUCUUGGCGAGGCAGACACAGCAGUGUGGCCUUGCUGACACGCACGGCUGAUGGCAGCCCCCAGGGACAGCCACAUGGACACCCCUGGAGCUCGGGGCAGCCCCUGAGGGUGAUGAGGGCUGCCCGUCUGGAAGCCAAGACGUUUCCAGGGUUUCUGAGGGGCCCACCCCACUGUUAAGUCUUGUCUCCCACACCUCGGCCCUUGGAGAAGGACUUGCAGCACGGGUCCUGUUUUCCCACUGACGUUCUCACUAAGCCAUGGUCCUCAAAACACAGAGGGCACCCAGCCUCCCACAGCCUCCCCAAGCCUGCUAUCACCCCCAGUCUUGCCAGAGGGAACUGGGCUCCUGGGGCCCCUGGGCAUCUCCUGAGAGCAAAGGAAAUGCCAGCCAGCCUGGGCAACGCUCACCCCUCCUCUUGGGCUGCCGUGGGCUUGCACGUCCGCCUGGACACGUGCGCCCUGCCACGGCAGCCUCUUUUGGGUUGGCUCGUGUUCCAGGGCCUUCCAGCCUCUGAGCCUUUGUCAAAUGUGGAAUCUUUGUGCAUUGGGAAGUGAUAAAGCUGUGUAAGUUGUGAGCAGUAGAGAGCUCACUUCUCUCCCUGGUGACUGGGGAGCCUGGUCCCCAGAGACACCUCCUGCACCUGCUCCCACAGCUCAGAUGUACGCACCACAGACCCCACACAAGCAGACCUAAAAGUACAGGCUCGUGCUGGAGACAGGGUUCUAAACACUUAAAAAGUGGUCUUAAUCUUCUAGAAUCGAGAUGUCUUCCCCAGUCCGUCAAGAAGUCAUUUUUAUAAUAGAUCAAAAGCAAACAUCCCCGAUUAGAAGAGCUUCGUGGCUGUCGGUGUUGUUAAAGUAAUAAUAAUAAUUUCUAGUAUCCAAAGGCUCCUGUUGUUUUCAGGGAGAUUUUAACACUGAUGAAUGGAAAUCAUUGAAGAUGGCGGCUUGUGUUCCCGGAUACCCUGCGUCUUUGUGUUCCGUCCGAUAUGUCACAGUGCUGCUGUAUCCAGAUCGA